AUGUAUCUGAGCCGGGACACGGUGCUUGUGGUCUGUGCGGCCGUCGUGGUUCUGUGUGCUGUCCAACACGUCUUUGCGGUGCCAGGUCCACCGUCUUACACCACGAAGCCAUCUAUUACUUGGUGCUUGUGUGAUGGAACCACAGAAUCCUCAACCACACCAAUACCAAACACCCCAGGACCAUCAGAUUACACAACAGGAGUCCAAGAGUCAACCAAUGAAGUCUUAAAGACAACCCCUGAAGAAACAGAGUCAACCGCUGAAGUCACAGCGUCAACCGCUGGAAGCACAGAGUCAACCACUGGAGUCACAGCAUCAGUUGCUGAAACCACAACUUCAGCCGCUGAAAGCACAACUUCAGCCGCUGAAAGCACAGCAUCAGCCGCCGAAGCAACAACUUCAGCUGCUGAAGCCACAACUUCAGCCGCUGAAAGCACAGCAUCAGCCGCUGAAACAACAACUUCAGCUGCUGAAGGCACAACUUCAGCCGCUGAAGCCAUAACUUCAGCCGCUGAAAGCACAGCAUCAGCCGCUGAAGCCACAACUUCAGCCGCUGAAAGCACAGCAUCAGCCGCUGAAGCAACAACUUCAGCCGCUGAAAGCACAGCAUCUGCCGCUGAAGCCACAACUUCAGCCGCUGAAGCAACAACUUCAGCCGCUGAAAGCACAGCAUCAGCCGCUGAAGCCACAACUACAGUCGCUGAAGCCACAACUACAGCCGCUGAAGCCACAACUUUAGCUGCUGAAAGCACAGCAUCAGCCGCUGAAGCAACAACUUCAGCCGCUGAAAGCACAGCAUCAGCCGCUGAAGCCACAACUUCAGCCGCUGAAGCAACAACUACAGUCGCUGAAGCCACAACUACAGUCGCUGAAGCCACAACUACAGCCGCUGAAGCCACAACUACAGCCGCUGAAGCCACAACUACAGCCGCUGAAGCCACAACUACAGCCGCUGAAGCCACAGCAUCAGCCGCUGAAGCCACAACUUCAGCCGCUGAAGCAACAACUACAGUCGCUGAAGCCACAACUACAGUCGCUGAAGCCACAACUACAGCCGCUGAAGCCACAACUACAGCCGCUGAAGCCACAACUACAGCCGCUGAAGCCACAACUACAGCCGCUGAAGCCACAACUACAGCCGCUGAAGCCACAACUACAGCCGCUGAAGCCACAACUACAGCCGCUGAAGCCACAACUACAGUCGCUGAAGCCACAACUACAGCCGCUAAAAGCACAGCAUCAGCCGCUGAAGCCACAACUACAGUCGCUGACGCCACAACUACAGCCGCUGAAGCCACAACUACAGCCGCUGAAGCCACAACUACAGCCGCUAAAAGCACAGCAUCAGCCGCUGACGCAACAACUACAGUCGCUGAAGCCACAACUACAGGCGCUGAAGCCACAACUACAGUCGCUGAAACCACAACUUCAGCCUCUGAAGCCGCAACUACAGCCGCUGAAGCCACAACUACAGCCGCUGAAGCCACAACUACAGCCGCUGAAGCCACAACUACAGUCGCUGACGCCACAACUACAGUCGCUGAAGCCACAACUACAGGCGCUGAAGCCACAACUACAGCCGCUGAAGCCACAACUACAGGCGCUGAAGCCACAACUACAGCCGCUGAAGCCACAACUACAGGCGCUGAAGCCACAACUACAGUCGCUGAAACCACAUCAUCAGCCGCUGAAGCCACAGCGUCAGCCGCUGAAGUCCCACUGCUAGCCGCUAAAGUCCUAAAGUCAUUAAAUGGAGGCCGUGAGUUAGCAACGCCCAUUUGGUGUUACUGUGGGAGUACGUCUGAGCCAACAGUAUCAACAACUGAAGGCCCAUUCACAUCAACCGCAGGCCCAGGCACAUCAACCACGGGCCCAGACACAUCAACCACAGGCCUAGGCACAUCAUCCAAAGGCCCAUCAGCCACAUGCACAUCAGCCAUAGGCCCAUCAACCAUAACCCCUUCAACCACAGGUCCAUCAACCACAGGCCCAGACAACUGCGUCACCGACGGGGACAACUGUAACACCCACAGGAACAACUGCGCCACCCACAGGGACAACUGCGUCACCGACGGGGACAACUGUGACACCAACAGGGACAACUGUGCCACCCACAGGGACAACUGCGUCACCCACAGGGACAACUGCGUCACCGACGGGGACAACUGUGACACCAACAGGGACAACUGCGCCACCCACAGGGACAACUGCGUCACCCACAGCGACAACUGCGUCACCGACGGGGACAACUGUGACACCAACAGGGACAACUCUGGAACCAUGCCCCUACGAGAUCCUAUUCCAGUCUACACCUUCAACUUUCCCAAAUUCCACGUACAUACACUUGUUACGUUCUAUCUGCCUUCCAAGGAUCGGAUCUCUCCAACCUUUGCUUCACGGCAGUUCUUUCCUUUUGGCAAUGGCCUCUAUGAAUUUAUAUAUUUCACUGACAACGGUGUGAUUAUCCUGUCCAAUAAUCGACGAGUCAGACGUACCAUCUACAAACAAGCAUUCCCGAGUACUUAUAGUUUCUCUUUCAACGGCAACGUUAAAAUGAUAGCUCCAUUCUGGGCAGACGUCCGAGCCGAUGCAUUUGACUCCACAAACAACGUGUUUUGGAAGCUUUAUGACAACCCUUCGACGGAUAGUACCAUGUUGCGUACUUUGAGUAAUAUCGUGUCAGCACAGUAUGGCAGCUUCUUGGCCAAUUGGGUCCUCGUCAUCACGUGGAGUAAUGUCCAGUCUGUCUCAUUAUCUUUUGAGACCAACACCUUCCAAGCUAUACUAUUGACAAACGGAGAACAUAGUUAUGUUAUCUUUAACUACGAUCCAUGCGGCAUGAAUUGGGACCCAGUCUACUUAUAUAACCAUUACGUCAUCCAGGGUUUCACCUGUGGGCGGUUUGGACGGAAGGUUUAUGUGGACUUACUGGGUAGAUCCGUGUUCCGCCCUGGUAGCGUCGUAGGCAAUUCUGGAAUGAUAGGACGUUGGGUUUACCAGCUGGAUACACUCCAAGCCAACUUUAUCAAUCCUCGUCUCUUCUGCUAUAAUUGGUAUUAUCGACAGAGAAGUAGCUAUAUCUUUUUCCUGUAUUUGUAUCCUGUGAGGGUUGCCAACACCUGUCCAUGCAGUCUGCAGAGUGCUCGUCGGGACAGGAGAUGGGUACCUAUUCCAUAUUCCUACGUACUGCCCACACAGUUUUCGCUACGAUUCGAUCAAGGAGUCUUGGUGCGCUAUUACUGCUGUGAGCAGUCUUCAUUGUGUCGUCUGUACAGACGAUGGAGACCAAUUCAGAGCUGUCGGAGAUAUCGCCCGCCUAGGCGGGGCUGGAACUUUGGCGACCCACACAUGAGGACACUGGAUGGUUUGGACUACACCUUCAAUGGUCUGGGUGAAUACACUAUGGCUCUCAUUGAUGAUGACGAUGGACAGAGACAGUUUGAACUACAAGGCAGGACACAGCGAGCGUUGAACUCUGAAACCCAGCAACUCUCUGAAGCAACAUUCUUUGCUGGAUUCGCUGCUGAAUACGUCGGUGAUGCAAGGAUUGAGAUCAAACUAAACAGUGACGGAACCGAUUUGGAAACCAAAGUUAACGGUGCGAGUGUCACACCCACAGCUGAUGGAUUACUUAUUGGCAAUUUCACCGUACUAAGAGAGGAGGAUCCAAUCAAAAUCAUCGCAGUCUACCAGGCAGAUAUUCAGUUCUCUGUUGGAGUCAGUAACAGCUUUGCUGACAUCACCACACAACUGAGUGAAGACUACAUGAACAAAACCAAGGGAUUACUGGGUGUAUGGGAUGGGGACAAAGGUAACGAUGCUCUGAGACGUGAUAACACCCAACAGACAGUAACUGGUCCAAAUGGAGAACAGUCUGAACAAGACUUCUUUGCAUUUGGUCAAACGUGGGCCAUCUCAGAGAGUGAUUCCCUCUUCUACUACGUUCCGCCGGGUGAGAGUUUUUCUAAUAUGAACGAUCCCAGUUUCACACCAAAGUUCCUGGACAAUCUCACGAGUGAAGCCGAUCCAGCAAAGCUCCAAGCCGCUCAAGAUGCCUGCGGAAGUAACAAAGUGUGUUUGUAUGAUGCCUUGGCAACGGGUAGUACGGAUAUCGGUGUGGCAUCUAUGCAGCUCAGUGAGCAGAAUACUAUUGACAUGAUGGCAGCAACCAAUUUCCCGCCCAAUGUCACACUGGUCGAGACAGUUGAGGUAGUUGUUGGACAACCCUUCAUACUGCAGAUACAAGCCGUUGAUCCUGAUGGAGAUGACAUAUCAUAUGAGUUACUGGAGGUGAUUCCAGGGGCGACUGUUUCAUCGCCAGGAGGCCAGUUCACAUGGACACCAGCUGAUAGGUCAAAGGUCACCCUCGGCUUCCUGGUGACUGAUGGGAAAGCGAAUGCAACAUUGGAACCGAUUGUCAAACUCUGUGACUGUAAGAAUGCUGGUACAUGCCUGUAUGAUGAGUAUGUGGAGGGUACUAACGUCAUCACAGAUGGCCGCUUUGGGGUUGUGUUAUGUAACUGCACACCUGGCUGGUCAGGUGACUUCUGUGAGAUGAACUAUGACGCCUGUCAAGACAACCCCUGCUUCUUAGGAGUGGCGUGUUUUGAUGAUGACCCACCAUCUUUAAACUUCACCUGCGGAUCUUGUCCAGAAGGAACGGAGGGAGACGGCAAGUCCUGCAUUGAUAUUGAUGAGUGUGUUGUGUACAGAGAUGAGCCAGCCAGUAAUAACGGACGUGGAUGUGAUCAAAAUUGUGUCAACACCCUGGCUAGCUUCAACUGCAGCUGCAACUCUGGCUAUUCCUUGUUUGUUGACGGCAAACGCUGCAUCGAUAUCAAUGAAUGUGACUCACAGACUGACGACUGUGCAGACGAUGCGACCUGUAACAACACCCAAGGUAGCUAUGAAUGCAGUUGUAAUACAGGCUUCAACGGAGAUGGCACAUCUUGUCAAGAUAUCAAUGAAUGCAUUGGAACAAAUGACUGUGACAACGGUGCUGAAUGUGCAAACACGAUUGGUUCAUAUAGAUGUCAGUGUCGCCAAGGCUAUGAAGGCAGUGGCUUCACAUGUACAGAUGUGAAUGAGUGUAGCAGGAACACUGAUGAAUGCAACAUCCAAGCAAUGUGUGAUAACACCGAGGGUUCCUAUACCUGCACCUGUAAUGAGGGAUUGUCUGGUGACGGCCGUAACUGUACCAAUGUAAAUGAAUGUGAGGGGUCGACACCAGUCUGUCAUGAGAACGCUACUUGCACCGAUAUCCCCGGCAGCUUCAAUUGCCGAUGCAAUGCUGGCUUUAAUGGGAAUGGUACCGAUUGCCAAGACAUUGAUGAGUGUGAUUUGGAGAUUGACAACUGCCUUCAAAACUGCAGAAACACUAUAGGAUCCUUUGAGUGUGUGUGCCAUGAAGCAUUUACACUGCUUGAUGGCAGUUGUGUUGCUAAUACCAACUGUUCUGAGAAUUCUAUAUGUGUGAAUGGAGACUGUUACGUGAAUGGUGCAGAUAUAGAGAGGUGCCUUUGUUACCGUGGUUACCAAAACGCGUCUGAUCCAAUGGUGUGUGAAGAUAUUAACGAGUGUAAUGCUACUGAGAGUUAUUGUGGCCCCUCCUCAACCUGUAACAACACGGCCGGUGGUUUUGAGUGUUUGUGUUCAGAAGGCUUUAGGCAAGGCAAUGACCAGCGGGAUUGUCUAGAUAUUGAUGAGUGUACACUUCCUGUGGAUGAUCCAUUGUACCCUGUUUGUAUUGCUACCGCAAAGUGCUACAACAACCAUGGCACAUAUGACUGUCGUUGCAAAUCAGGAUAUGAAGGCAAUGGGACACACUGUCAAAAUAUUGACGAGUGUCAGAGUGGACACUUAUGUGUAGCCAACAGUACAUGCCUGGACAACGCUGGUAGUUACACCUGUCAUUGUAACACUGGUUUCCAUGGCGAUGGACGUGUCUUGUGUAUGAACAUCGAUGAAUGUUUGGAGGACCCAGAUAUGUGUCACUCCUUAGCAACGUGUAGCGACACCGAAGGGAGUUACCAGUGUAAUUGUGACUCUGGUUACCAAGGCAACGGAACAUACUGUGAAGAUGUUGACGAAUGCAUGACGGAAAGCCAUGACUGUGCUUCAGGCAGAGCUCACUGUGUCAACAACGAUGGUAGUUAUACAUGUACCUGCAUGAAUGGAUACGUGUCUGCUCCAGGAAUGCUACCAGGACGUCAAUGUGACGACAUCGAUGAGUGUUCUCUGAAUCUGGAUUCAUGUGAUCCAUCAGUGAGUCAAUGCAACAACACUGAUGAUGGUAGUUACAUAUGCAAUUGUCUGCUUGGAUUUGUAAAGGAUGACAUGAAUCAGUGUAUCGAUAUGAAUGAAUGUGAGGAUCCGGCUGCAUGUGUGUCAAGAGCCAAUACGGAGUGUGUCAAUCUACACGGCAGCUAUGACUGUCCAUGUAGAAUGGGAUUCUAUCUGCAAAACUCAGAAUGUCUUAGUGGUGUCUCAUACAAUGCGUCGGCUGUGUUUAAUAUCAUCAGUGGGGAUUUGGUUGGUGGGAACGGCUUUAAUCUUGUCACCAACUACUUGAAAUACAGAACAGAGUUAAAAGAUGCGAUUGAAGCUGCUUUCCGGUCCUCGGAUUUGUCUGAUAACUUGGGCGAUGUCGUCAUCUCUGAGAUAUCACUCCUCACUGACUCCACGGCCUUGUUGAGAUUGGUCAUCAAUCUCAACAUGUCUCAGCCAGAGCAGACCAUCAUCCAGCCCUUCCUGAGUCAGUUGACAGGGAGCAGUGGAGGUCAGUUGGCUCCAGACCAUAGGCUGGUCGGCUCAACAUUCAUCAUCGGGGAUCCAAAAUGUAACAGCUCACCAUGUACCAACGGUGGAACUUGUGCUGAUGACAACUCGGUAUUACCCGAGGGAUAUACAUGCACCUGUCUGCCAGGCUAUAGUGGAAAAAACUGUGAAAUUGCACCAUGUGGCAACAACCCCUGUAUGAACGACGGAACAUGUCGUGUCGUUUCAACUACAAUGACGGGCUAUAUGUGUGAAUGUGCUCUGGGUUACUCUGGACCUCAGUGUCAAAUGAUAGUUCCCUGUGAGCUUAGCAAUGACUGCAUGAAUGCAGCAACAUGUGUCAAUGAGUUUGUAAAUGCAAGAGGCUAUACGUGUAUGUGUGGUGACGGAUUCAUGGGCGAAAACUGUGAAAACGAGUGUUCGUUAACAUGUAUGAAUGGCGGAACUAGAGAUCCAGCUACUUGCCAGUGUGUGUGCAGCCCACCAUGGACUGGAGAUACUUGCACAGAGUGUUCGUUAACUUGCAUAAAUGGAGGAACUACAGAUCCAGCUACUUGCCAGUGUGUGUGCAGCCCACCAUGGACUGGAGAUACUUGCACAGAAUGUCCACUGACAACAGCUAGCUGUCUGAACGGAGGCACUUUAGACGAAGAGUAUUGUGAGUGUGUUUGUCCUCUGACUCACAGCGGGGAUCUGUGUCAAGAUUCGAAUGUGUGUUUGACCAGUGACCGGUGCUCGGAUAAUACAACAGGGCAUUACUGUGUCCCAUCAAAUACUGCGUUCACAUGCGAGUGUCGCACAUACGAUGCAUAUUUCAUGGAAGGAGCCGCAUGCGAAAACAGACGAAGGUUUGCUCUUACUGUGGUGAUAACAUUGUUGACAGAGACAUACCGGUCAGUGUACAUCAAUCCGUGGUCUUCUGCAUUCAGAGCCAAAGCAGCCCUUUAUAAACGACUGGUUGAAAGGCGAUUGCGAGAGGACCCAGUAACCAAUGAUGUGAUAUCCGCAGACUGUGUUUCAAUCCAAAACGGAAGUGUUGUUGCUACCAUGGUAUUACGGUACCCAGCUGCGCCAUCAACAACUGAUGUACAAAGAGUCUUGUUAGAAAACAGACCGUUGACCGAUGGAGACGUAGCAAUAACCACUGACCCACUAGCACUUCGAGUCAAUGAAGUAACAGAUUGUCCGCCAGACUAUUGUCAGAAUGGUGCAAUGUGCUUGAAGUCAGGGUACUACGUGUCUAUGUUCACCUAUACCUGCAGUUGUGGGACUUCAUUCACCGGCGAACGCUGCGAAACAGUCAUUCCAGUCCCCACUGAUGUUGCAACAGCGACAACAACAAAGUCACCAGGUGGCAUAUCAACUGCAGUAAUCGUCAUCAUCAUUGUUGCAUGCGUUGUUCUCUUCCUGACAGUAGUAGUGAUACCUCUGUGCCUCUGUCUUCUGAUACGACGUCGUAAUAUCGAAUCUACUCACGGCCGGCAAAAACCUGACAAUCCGAGGAUCAAUUAUGGUCUGUCUGAAUACACAGAUCAGAGUUAUUACCAAGAUAACGGCCAUGAUACAUCAGCAAUUCGAGAUGAGGAGAUUCGAAUGGAUCGCCUGAUGAAUGUUAUGAGUCGUUCAUCGUACUUACAGCAGGGUUUGUCAAGCAGACCUGAUUUCAUCAGACCGUAUAUCGUGACCGGAACGGAGGAAUUCGAUCAGGAUGACCAACAUUUGGAUGAUCCGAGGGAUGAUGAUGGGACAGUGGGUCGUGUUGCUUACAAUCCAAUGAUCUACCGCUAG